UAUGCUGGUAUGCUGGUGCUGUCGGUGGGGCGGCGCAUUUUCCCACGGCUCCGCUCUGGGCCCCUGUCUAAAAAGAACUUUGGGGGUAAUGUGAAGCGGUCGCCAGGCUUUCACCAGUCCUUGUUCGAUAUUUGCUGGUGGAUGCCGAGGGGUGCUGCCAGCUGGGUGUUGGAUGCGAUGUCCUGCUCGUUCCAUGUCAGUCGAGUAUCCCAAAUUUGGGAACAUCUUAGGCGCCAGCACACUCGUAGUGCAACGAGAUAGUCUCAUCCUGGGAGAACCACCUUGGUGAUCAUGGCGUCUCGCCUGCCAGGUGAGUAUGAUCCGUGGAAACAACGAGCAAAGGCGGUGACAUCUUGACCCUCUGUUAGGAGCUUCAAAGUUCGCUGCUUUUAGCUCUUGUCUGCGAGUCUGCUGACCCAGCUGCCUGCGGAUUUGCCUCUAGAAAGGCCUACUCCUGCAGGGCUUUGUUUGGGAAGAUGGUCACGUGGAGGAGCCAUGUAGUGGCCCACGACACCCAGUAGCUCUUCCUGAUCCUGCUCCCCUGGCAUACUGCUGUUCUCGUCCGCCUGCCCAGCGUUUAAGCCAGCCCAGCCCUGGCCUCCUCAGCUAGCCUCAAAAGAAGGAGCAAAAGGGUGUGCUAUUAAUUGGAGGAGGCAUAGCUCAAACUCCAUUGUUGUAUCAAUCCCUCAACAAGGGAGAUGGCUAGUGCAAUAGCACUGGGGUAGGAGUGUCAGCUCCCUUGGCAUUCAGCCAGUGCCCCUCGUUUUCCCUGGAGGUGAACUCCAUGACCUCCUCUGGCUUGGGGAGACAGACAUACUUGUUUUUGCUGUCUCCAGCCUGUUCCAGUGUUGGAGGAAGUUGGUUCCUGUAGAACCUGUAAUUUUGGUAAGGUUUUUGUCUUACCUGUAUGUAGAGGCUGCCUGCCGUUUUUCAGGCGGCAUUCUAGCGGUUCCCGGGUGGCGAUUCUCCUUGUCAGGAGUCUGCAGGGCUGCCGGUCGGGUUUUUAAACUUCCCGCCGGUCCGCUGCUGUUAACCAAACAGCUGUUCAGCGGACCGGCAUAGCGCAGCUCCCUGUCAGCGGUCCGCAGCGUGUGCGGUCCCGUUAGCGCCUAUCCCCCUCCACUGUCGGCUCCUUCGCUGGAGUCGAACGGGGGCCGCUUCCUCUGCUGCUUUGCUCCCCCUGGAGCAAAAACCACAAGGCCCGAUUAAGGUAAGUACUUACCUCACGUCCUUGGUUGCGGGGCGCCCGACUCCCGCUGGCCGCAGUUUGCACAGCUGUGCGAUAAUGCCGCACCUGCGCACUGGGCUGGGAUCUUCACGGAAUCACUCGCGUGACUCCGAAGUAAAAUUGUUCAUGGUGAUAAUAUUCAUUAAAUCCUAAUAUCAUAAACACAUGAAGGGACCAUAAAUACUAUCUACAGUUUCCAUUCCUCAGUGUUCAGAUACAGUGCCACAUUCUACAGUCACACUUGGAGCUCACAAGACAUGUCUGUGACUUCCUGUUCAUCUUGUUCUAAUCUGUCAGUCGGUGAUUGGUCAGCGGGAGUUUUACGUAGAUUGCUGCAGCCAAUUGAGUUUGAUUCCAAUGGUUCCAAAAGCCUCCAAGAUGCCAGAACUACACGUAUAUACGGAUGCAACAGCAUUGGAAACCUCAUCGACACAGAGAGCUGGGAGAGAGAGAGGUGGGAAUGGCAGCAGGAUAUGCCCACCUUCACUGUGAAACUUGACACUAAUGAUGAAUUGUUUUCUUGUGUUUCAGGUUCGAGGAAGGAAACAUGAUGCUGGUGUGGGUUUUGGUGCUGACCGCACUGCUUGCCAGUGAUGUGGCAGGGACGAGCAAUUCGUUGGGACUGGAGGAGACUCAGCAUCACAUUGAAAAGCGCAACAUAGGCAAACAAGACUGCGAAAAUGACUGGGUUUAUUAUCCUCCCUUAAAAUCCUGUUUCCGUUUCUUUUGUCACAAUAGAACAUGGGCCAAUGCUGAGGAAUUCUGCAAACACCAACCUCAUUCUGCACAUCUGGCGUCUGUGUCCUCGAGAGUACACAACAUAUUCCUGAAGAAAAUGAUUGCUGCAGAGAGCAAUGGAAAUCUAAAAAUUUGGAUUGGACUAAACGACAUAUUGCGGGAAGGGACUCUCGUAUGGGUUGAUGGAUCUACUCAUAUUUAUCGACACUGGCUUCAGGGCGAACCUAAUAACCAUGGAGGCCACCAAGAUUGUGUGAUCAUUAACAAUGAUGACGGGGGAUUUUGGAGUGAUCGACCAUGUCUUGAAAUGGCACCUUUUAUUUGUUCGUAUCAUUGAACCAGCGAUUAGAAGACUCCAGAAUGGUCCACUCAUCCUUUCCAGCAGUGGAUCCAGUGCUUUGAUUUCCUUGUAGCCACUCUCACUGUCUGUGGUGACUGUACUUACUGAGCUUCUCAGCCAAUAAUAAAGAGAACUGCAACAUGAGCUGUGUGUUUGGUGCUGUGUGAGGGAGAGGGAGAGAGAUGGUGGGAGUACUCAACAUUACACCACUCUCACCCACUUGAUAUUUUCACUCCUCUCACUCUUACUUUCUAUUAUGUGACUGAGCUGGGAUUCAGUCCUUUAAGUCAGUCAGUAACCACAUGAGGCUGUGGUCCACACACUUACUCCAGGAGCUGACCAAAGUAUGGGCAGGAUACAUUCGAGACUCCGCACAGCCCAGUUUUACCUUCUCCCCAAAAUCCAUAAACACAACUGCCCUUGAAGACCCAUUGUUUCUGUCUGCUCCUGUCUCACAGAAAUGAUUUCCACGUACCUCAACUCCAUCUUAUCCCCCCUGGUCCAAUCUCUCCCGACCUGUGUCCAAGAUGCCUAACAUGCCCUUCGUCUCUUUAAUGAUUUCCGCUUUCCAAGCCCCCACUCCCUCAUCUUUACUCUAGACGUUCAGUCACUACACAAUCCCCCACCAGGAAGGCCUUAUAGUCUUCUGCUUCUCCCUCGUCUGCAAAACCUGCCAAUCCCCUCGACUAACACUCCCCUCUGCCUGGUGGAGCUGGUCCUCAUCCUCAACAACUUCUCCUUCGACAUUUCCCAGUUCCUCCAAAUCCAAGGCAUAGCUAUGGUCCAGCUAUAUCUGCCUCUUUGUUGGGUAUGCUGAACAAUCACAGUCCCUGGCAUACACUGGCCCUAUCCCAGAACUCCACCUCCACUACAGUGAUGACUGCAUUGGUGAUACCUCCUGCACCCAUGCAGAACCCAUCAACUGCAUUAACUUCCCCACUAAUGACCAUCCUGCACUCAAAUCCACUUCGACCAUCUCCCACACCUCCCUCCUCUUUCUUGAUCUCACUGUCUCAAUCACAGGAGAUAGACUAUUGACUGACGUCUAUUAGAAACCCACUGACUCCCACAACUAUCUUGACUACACUUCGUCCCAUCCUGCUUCCUGGAAAGACUCUCUACUCCUAACUCCUCCAUCUGCGCCCAAGAUGUGUUCCAUACUAGGACAUCCGAGAUGUCCUCAUCCUUUGUUGAAUGGGUGUUCCUCUCUCCCAUCAUAGAUGUGCCCCUCACUCAUGUCUUCGUUCUUGCUUCCCCUCCCUCCAGUCGCAAGAGGUACAGUUCCCCUAGUCCAUAUCGA